AUGGCAUCUGUUGAGCAGCAUUGUGACACACUAGACGAGCAGGAUGAAGAAAAGCCGAAUCACAAGCAAGGCCCGAUGAGCAGCAGUGCUCACAAUGUAGUUAGUGUGAAUGCUCAUAUGGGAGCAAUUGUAAAUUCUCCUACACUCAUUGGAAACACCAUCAAAGGCCAAGUGACCAUCAUCUGCAACACUGCAGUAAAUGAGCCACAAAAAAACUCAGAGACAGAGAUGGCACAGAAACACACAGAAAAACAAGAUCUGAUUCUGAAAAAAUUCUUGGAAACCCACAAAUCCAUCAUGAAGGAGAAAGCAGAACAUAUUUUUGAGGGCAAAGAAGAAAAUGAAGUACAUCUCAAGGAUGUUUACACAGAACUCUUCAUCACAGAGGGAGAUAUGAAAGAUGUUAAUCAGGAACGCGAGAUUCUAAAGAUUGAUCAUGCUUUCAAGAACAAACUACCACAGGACAAACCAAUCAAAUUCAAUGAUAUAUUUACUGAACUGAGGGGAAAAAAUGAGAAAAAGAUUGUGCUGACCAAGGGCAUCGCUGGCAUUGGAAAAACUGUCUCUGUGCACAAGUUCAUCCUGGACUGGGCAGAAGGAAAAGCCAAUCAGAAUAUAGACUGUGUGUUCCUGCUUCCAUUCCGAGAGAUCAACUUUAUGACAAAUGAUGAUUUCAGUCUUCAUGAGCUUCUGCUGGAAUUUUAUUCUGAACUGAAGGACCUGGAGAAAACAAAGCUAUAUAAGGAAUGCAAUCUAGCGUUUAUAUUUGAUGGUCUUGAUGAGAGUCAUAUGCCUUUAAAGUUUAAAAGUAGAGCAUCAAAAAGAGCCAUUGUUGAGCAAAAAUCAUCCGUAGAUGUGCUGUUUACAGGUCUGGUCAAAGGUGAUCUGCUUCCAUCAGCUCUUGUCUGGGUGACCUCACGACCAGCAGCAGCCAAUCAGAUCCCUCCUCAGUAUGUAGGUUUGUUCACAGAGGUGCGAGGAUUCACAGACCAACAGAAGGAGGAGUACUUCAGAAAGAGAAUCACAGAUGAGACUCUGGGCUCCAGAAUCAUCUCACAAAUUAAGACAUCUCGUAGUCUCUACAUCAUGUGCCACAUUCCUGUGUUCUGCUGGAUCACGGCCACAGUAUUUAAAGAUAUUCUCAUUGAGAACGAUGCACAGAACAUUGACACAACACUCACUGAAAUGUACAUUCACUUCCUGCUGAUACAGAUGGACAUGAAGAACCAGAAGUACGAUGAACAAGAAGAAAGACAAUGUACAAAGCUCUUAGAUUCAAACAGAACAACGAUUUUAAAGUUAGCCAAGCUAGCGUUUGAACAGCUGAAGAAAGAAACCAUUGUGUUUAAAGAGGAAGAUGUGAGAGCAUGUGGUAUUGAUGUGAGUGAAGACACCGAGUUCACAGGAAUGAUAGCUGAGAUCUUUAAGAAGGAAAAAGGACUUCAUGAAAAGAAGUUCUUCUGUUUUGUGCAUCUGAGUGUUCAAGAGUUCCUUGCUGCAGUGCAUGUGUUCAUCUGUUACCUGAACAAGAACAUGCAGGAGCUUCAGUUUUUCUUUGAUGAGCCAGAAGAAAAUGUCACAUUGCAGGAGCUAUUGCAAAAGGCUAUUGUUAAAGCCGUGACGAGUCAGAGAGGACAUCUGGACCUGUUCCUGCGGUUUCUGAUGGGCAUUACACUGGAAUCCAGUCAAAAUCUGUUCGAAGGCCUGAUCUCACACACUGAAGACACCACAAAGAGCAUCAGACAAACAAUUCAGCACAUUAAACAAGUACAAGAUGGGUACGUUAUCUCAGAUGAAGCUUCGGUCAACCUAUUUUACUGCUUACUUGAGCUCAAGGAUCAUUCAUUAUAUGAGGAAAUCCAGAGAUACGCCAGUUCAAAUGAACAUCCAGAAAGAAAACUCUCAUCUUCAAUGUGCACAGUGCUGACCUACAUACUGCUGAUGUCAGAGAAGGUGCUGGAUGAGUUCAACCCAAAGAGGUUCACGUCCUUACAAGAAAAUUACAGGAGACUUGUUCCAGCUGUGAGAGGCUGCAGAAUAGCCCUAUUUGAUGGCUGUGGUCUUGAUGAAACGUGCUGUGAAACUGUAACUUCAGCUCUCCAAUCUUCAAACUCCCAUCUGACAGAGCUGGACCUCAGUAGCAAUGACCUGCAAGAUUCAGGAGUGAAGCUGCUUUAUGAUGGACUAAAGAGUCCACACUGUCAACUGAAAAUACUGAGACUACGUGGCUGUAAUCUCACUGAUCAGUCCUGUGAAAGUUUGUCAUCAGCUCUACAGUCCUCUGUCCUGAGAGAGUUGGACCUGAGUAACAAUGACCUGAUGGAUUCAGGUGUGAAGCUGCUUUCUGAUGGACUGAAGAGUCCAAACUGUCAGCUGGAGAUACUGAGAUUUUCCAUGUGUAAAUUCACUGCUCAAUCUUGUGAGAGUUUGUCAUCAGUUCUACAAUCGUCAGCCUCCUGUCUGAGAGAACUGGACCUGAGUAACAAUGACCUGAUGGAUUCAGGUGUGAAGCUGCUUUCUGAUGGACUAAAGAAAAACUGUAACCUGGAGAAACUGAGGUUAUCUGGCUGUAUGGUUACAGAGGAAGGCUGUGGUUAUGUGUCUUCAGCUCUGAGUUCAAACCCCUCACACCUGAGAGAGCUGGAUCUGAGCUACAAUAUCCCAGGAGAAUCAGGAGUCAAGCUGCUCUCUGAAAAACUGGAGGAUCCAAAAUACAGACUGGACAAACUCAAUGUGGAUAAUAAAGGAGAAUCCUGGAUUACAGCAGGACUACACAAAUAUGCCUGUUUUCUCACACUGGAUCCAAACACAGCAAACAAUGAACUCAUUCUGUCUGAGGAGAACAGAAAGGUGACAUAUGUGGAAAAAGAUCAGUCAUAUCCUGAUAAUCCUGAGAGAUUUGAUGUGUAUCAGAUUCUGUGUAGAGAGAGUCUGUCUGGACGCUGUUACUGGGAGGCUGAAUGGAGUGGAGUUGAGGCUGUUAUAUCAGUGACAUAUAAAGGAAUCGUCAGGAAGGGAAGGAGUCGUGACUGUAUGUUUGGACGCAAUAACAUCUCCUGGAGCCUGUUGUGCACUGAAGCCAAGUUCACUGCCCGUCAUAAUAACAAUUCAACGGACAUCUCUACUCUUUCACGCUCCUCUAAUAGAGUAGGAGUGUAUGUGAAUGUGUCGGCCGGCACUCUGUCCUUCUACAGUGUCUCUGACACACACAAACUCACACACAUACACACAUUCAACAACACAUUCACUGAACCUCUCUAUGGUGGAUUUGGGGUUUAUUAUGUGAACUCCUCAGUGUCUCUGUGUGACAUAAACAGCCUCUAUUAA